AUCCUGGCCAUCCAACCAAUCCGGUCAACGGGAGAACAUGUACGAGGCGAUGUCGCCGCGCCGGGCGCUCCUCGCCAUCCUCCUCGCCGUCGCCCUCGCCUCCGCUUCCUCGGCACCCCAGCCCCCGCCGUGCAGCCGCUCGUGCGCGGCCCUCAACUGCGACUCCCUCGGGAUCCGCUACGGCAAGUACUGCGGCGUGGGCUGGAGCGGCUGCGACGGCGAGGAGCCCUGCGACGACCUCGACGCCUGCUGCCGCGACCACGACCGCUGCGUCGAGAGGAAAGGUAUGAUGAGCGUGAAAUGCCAUGAGAAAUUCAAAAACUGCAUGAGGAAAGUGAAAAAGGCAGGCAAGGUUGGCUUCUCCAAGAAAUGCCCGUACGAGAUGGCUAUGGCUACAAUGACUCAGGGGAUGGAUAUGGCCAUCAUCCUUAGCCAGUUGGGCACCCAGAAGGUGGAACUCUAGCGUUAGCUAGCUCCGCCUCAGCUGCAUGUUGAUUUAUUCUCACGGAAAUAUUUAUAUACUCCACUGAAGAAUAGAAUUUGCUUCCAUAUGAUUACUGUUGUUUCAUCGAAGUCAGAGGGAUGCAUAGCUUAUCUUUCUUCUGCCAAAUUGAAAAAGAAAGGAAAAGACUUCAGU